UCCCCCCCUUUAAGUUCCCUUAUUUUACAACUUCAAAAGUGGCAAGCCUACGUGAGAUCGACAUUUUUACCACGGUCCCUAAGCUUGCCAGAGUUCCGGGAGUUUAGACACGCUCCCUUACGGCCUUUUUCUGAUGAAAUCUCUCAGCUUUAGCUUUGCGGCUAGCUCAGACGAUUGGGCGAAACGGGGACGUCAACGAGCCUGAACACGAAGUUUUCAUAUUCAAAGCGAAAGUGGUUUUGUCGUAAACCAAAAAGAGAUCGUUUAGGCUCGAUUUGAGCGAUAUUGCCGUUUUUGUCUCUUCAAGUUUGUGUUAAUUUUCCUCAGAGAAACGCAGCGGCUGGGCUCGAUUUGAGGUGACGUAAAACUCACAGUUGAAGAGCUUACUCUCGCUUCCCUCAGACGACAAAAUGGCUUUGGUUUCGACCUCUGCUUUGGAAUUUUACUCUUAUUUCACCUCAGAAAGCCUUUCCUUUCCUUCUGUCGUCACUACAAUCCCCUCAAGCCGAAAUAAGUGGUGUUAUUUUCCUCAGGACAGCACAGUUGGCGCUAACGCUGCGAUCAAUAUGGACGCUGAUGGUAUUCGCUGGCGCCGGGUCGGACUCUAUGCCAUUUGAACGACAUGGACUGUUUAUUUCACCCCGGAGAAAAUUUAUCAGUGCACAUAUAUGGUAUUAAGGGCUGAAACUAUGGAAAAUGGAGCAUUUGACUUUUCUCGUAGCUAACAUUCAGCCAAAACUUAAAUUGUGAUAAUAUUAAAGAUUACAAGCUGCGUUAGCCAGCUCAUUCUUAUAAGGCCAUAUCUGGGUUUUGAAAACAAAAACAUUCACAUUAACCUUCAGAGUAAUCUCCCUAAACCCAAGCACUUUUAUGCAAAUUUGUCAGGAAACGUGGAGCCAUUGCUAAAAGAAGUAACUGACGUUAAUGGUUAGCUUAACAAAGUUCUAUUUCCGUUCAGUUUAUGUAGUUCUAAUCAUUUCAUAGGAGUACACAUGUUUAGAAGAAUGAGCGCACAUGGACACUUUUCUGAAGCGGACGCGCGCACCACGCGUGACGGCAGUGAUGACAGCUCGUGGAUCAGCGUGUUCUCUCUGGUCUCCAGGCCUGCGUGGUCUCUGCUGCAGAGAUAUUUACCGGGAAGAGCCCAGACAGCUUUUGAUAUGAAGUCAAAUCUAGAUAUUGGAAACUCACUGAUGGGGGGUCUCGGUGAGACCUCUCUGAAAGGUACAUAUCUCCACCUCCAGCAUGAAAAUGCGGCGUGCGCGUCCUCUGAAGACCCUGGGACUCUGGCCUGGUUAACUCAGGACUCGUUGAGUGAACUGGGGAUCCAGAACACCGCACAGAAGGAUUUCAACAUGCAAAGGCAGGCAUCUGUCGGAUACCUUGGAACGGCGAGAAAUUUGCUCAGCCAGGUGUUAUUAUACGCGCCCUCCAAGCAAGAAAAAGUGCGCACGGCAAGCGAGCGCGGGAGUACGGAAAGCGGAUGCGUCUGGUGCGCGGACACGGUGUCAACGCGCUCUGCUAACACCUGGUGGUUGGGUGGAUUUUGGGGCCCCGAUGAUAGCCCUCAAAACUGGCUGCUAAAUGUACCACAAAGCAGACAAGAGACUGAUACGAGCUGGCAGCAUCGUGGAGAGCAUCACAGUGUUGGCUAUUGUCAGAGUCGUGCAAAGGCUAUCGUUACCAAGACGACAGAACUGUGUGUACGUGGCACUGAUGGGGGAUCAAUGCACAAUGAAAGCACUGGACCCUUGUGCUCCAAAGAGCUGGCCCACAAUGAAAGCCUACACAUGCCCAAACCAGACUCCCUCCCAAACUCCUACCAGCUGCCACUAGAUGAAGAGUAUCAGAAUGUUUUUAAACUCAUAGUUUGCAGUAGAGCCUACAGUGAAGUGGCAGUUCUAACCCCGGACCAAGACAAUGGCUACUCUAGCUUGGAGGAAGAACACUCACUUAAUAAGCUUCGUAAAACAAAACUGCUUUCUGAGGAGCAUGUGUUGUCGGAAACAGGCUGUCAUCUUGCCUCUGAGGAGAUGUCAUUUCACAGUAACACGACUGGGAAUGAGUCUGUGGAACAGGCUCAGAGUGAGUCUGCCACCUACGGAGAGGAAAUUAAGCAAAGUGAGGAAGAUGCUGAGUUUUUUGACCCUGAGAAGACAGCAGAGACAUCAGCUCCAGCUGUCCUUGAAGACUUACCCAUUUUGCCCACACCUCACUGUCAAAACAAGGUUAUCGCUUACAUCAUGGGCAGCCCUUGCAGUGGGGAAUCUGAAUCGGAGGAUGAGGGUGAUUGGGACAGUAAUGAUGAUGAUGGAUUUGAUAGUGAAGGCUCAUCCCACUUCUCAGAGGCUGAGGACCUGGAUGACAGUGAUGAUGAAACUGAGGAGGAUUCGGAAGAAGAUGAGGCAGACACUGAGACAGAGAGACUGUGGAAUUCUCUGUGCCAAAACGGGGAUCCUUACAACCCUCGAAACUUCACAGCUCCGAUAAGGACAGCCUCCAAGCCUAGCCCUGCUACGGACUCCUCAGUCUCAGAGUCUCCUCCAGCACAUAUGUCCUCCCACCUUUCACCCCUUCCUUCGCCCCCCUCACUUUCAGAGAAUGAGUCCAGUGAAGAGGCCUGUGAGAUGGAUGAGGAUGAUAAUCAGAGACUAUGGAACUCCUUUAGUUGCUCAGCUGAUCCCUACAGUCUUCUCAACUUCCAGGCCCCCAUACAGACUCAAAAGCCCCCCAAAAGGUGCCGUAAAAUGACAUUACCAGGAAUCCCAUGCUACAAGAGGGAGGAGGCUGAGGAGAGGUUGGACAGUGGAUUCUCAGAGAUUUCCCUUGUGCCAUGCUCAAGCAGUGCCACGAGUGUUCAGCUGAAAAAGGUGAAGUUUGUGGAAGAUGUAGAGGAGUUCUAUGCCAGCAGCGAUGAGGACCGCCAUGGCCCUUGGGAGGAAAUUGCCCGGGACCGCUGUCGUUUUCAGCGGCGUGUUCAGGAAGUUGAAGAGACUAUUAGCUACUGCCUUUCUCCAACUUUCCGCCUGGUCAUUUUUCAAAGACUCUUCAGUACUAGUUAAUUAAAAGCCUUGUUUGUUGUUUCACAAUUAAUUUACACAAUUAAUAAAAACUUUAUAUAUAUAUAUAUAUAUAUAUAUAUAUAUAUAUAUAUAU